AUGGAAGGACAAUCCAAAACUACUGAUGUACGUGGAUUCCCAAUCCAGAUGCUCCCAUUCUUGCCGUUGGAGCUUAUCGCUAAGCAUAUGGCUAUGGAGGAAAGACUCUCCUUGGCCUUGACUUCCACUAAAACCGAGCAAUUCUUGAUGAGAUGCAGGUUUCAUGAGGACAGUGUCCAGACGAUCUUUUUCUGUGAUCAGAAAAAUGGACAAGUCGCCGAUAUCACCAUCAUCACCGAUGUGGGAACGAUGGUAGUCCAAUGUGGAGUGGCUCAUCAGGAUCAAGAAAUGGGUGCUGGAAUUAUAAAGAAAGUGGUCCAAGUUUCCAAGUGGUGUGACAAGAAGCUCCCCACGAUCCACAACGCCCAAACGGUUUACAGAAGGAUCUGUCGAUUGAUCCCUAGCAUUGGAAUGACCGUUUAUUUGGGUAGACUAGGCACUGCUGACGUGGAGAAGGUGAUGGUAGCGGAGGAGUUUAAGAAUUGGAUGAUAGCAUGUGUCAAUGGAGAUGUUGACGCGAGAGGUGUAGGCGUUGUGAUGGACUACGCGAGUUUGGAAAAACGAGUCAUUUGUUCUCCGGCUGUGAGGCUUCCAGACGAUUUUACACAUGAGAAGGCGUUUCAUUUCAAGCAAUCACAUUAUGUCAAUGCUCGAUGGGUCCGUAUCGAACAUCUCCUCUCAAUGCGCGGAGUGCAAGAAGUCACUCUGAUGUACACUAAUCUCAAAGUGGCCGAGAUCAAUACCUUCAUUCACCACUGCAUGGAGAGUGAAGAGGCAGUAUGUGGUCGAAUAACGAUAGGACUCGCUGGAGUGUUUCUCGAGUUGGGGGAUUUGUUGAAUGGAAUGGUUGUGGUGCAACACCCCUGGAUUACGACUUUCUACGCCCGCUCGGAAACUCACGACUCCUCUAGAAUCGCAACAAUCGAAGUCACCAUGCACGGACUACGCCUCGAAUUCACGCCAGAGGACAAAUUCUUGGGAAGUGUGGUGGAGCUGUUGCGUCUUGUGAAGAGCAAAAAUAACAUUGAGAAGGAGAUUAUGACGAUGGAUCCGAAUGAUGUGGCGACGCGAAUGAGACUUUUGAGAGAGUUGGAAGAGCUCAGAGUGCAAUUAGCUGAUAAUUAA